GUGUAGUGUGUUGUAUGGUUACCAGUUUAAACAUCAUGUUGACAAAAUUUCCCGCGAAACUCUUUGACAUUCAUCACUGACACGACGUGAUGAAAAGGCUGAUCGACAAAAAAUCCUUACUUUAAUCCUAAAAAAUGCAGAAAAAUACCUUGUUUUCCUACUUCUCCAAGAGUCCAGCGGUAGCUAGGAAGGCUACAUCGCCGGUGAUCGCUGACGAUGUCGGAGAACAGAAGUCGAAAUCGCCGAAGGAAACGGCCAGCAAGGGACUGCAGUCUAGAUCUAACGGGAGCGGGAGCGGGAAAGUGGAUCACAAGUUCCACGUCGGCGAUAUCGUCUGGGCCAAGCUAGAGGGUUACCCCUGGUGGCCCAGCCUGGUAUGCAAUCACCCGACCCUCGGCAAGCACGUCAAGCAAGGCAAGAAGCCACAGGUGCAUGUGCAGUUCUUUGACGAGCCCCAUAGCCGCUCCUGGAUCCCAGAAAAAUAUGUGGAGUCUUUCAAGUUGCAAGACUUCGAACGCGGAGGGAAGUUCUUUACGCAGAAGCUGGAUGUCGUCAAGGCCGUGAAGGAGGCAAAGAGCGCCCUCAACAUGAAAGUAGAGGAGAGGCUGAAUCUCGUCGUCUGCAUCAACUCAGAUGAGGAGGAAAAAGUAGAAGAAGAAAUGGAAUAUACUGGAACGACAACCAGCACCGAUAAGACUGGUACCAGCGACAAUGAAGAUGACACGGAUGAAGAUGAGGGUGGGGAUAUUGGGCACAAGACCAAGAGAAACGCACCGAGGGCGACUAGAAAGACCCCUCGAUCGGUGGCUAGCAGUAAAAAGCGGAGACGCAUCAUCAUGCAUUCAGACGAUGAAAGUUCCGGUGAUGAUUACAAACCAGAUGAAAGUGACCAUGAUUCGGACAGCGGCAGUUCAGGCGUGGAUGAAAACGACAUCUCAGAGCCUUCCUCAGAAUCUGAGGCUGGAACACCCCAGAAAUCUCGGAAGAGGAAGCGGGGAGCCACAACCACUCCAUCCCUCGGCAAAGCAAGGAAGGUCCUGAAGCCCAGCUUUAAGGUCAUGACCCCUGACCCUAAGGAGACCUCGGAACCCAGGGGCACCCCCCAGCCAAGGAAGAUGUUUGCCACGCCCACCGUCAGCUCCAAGACCAAGUCUAGGCUGUCUAGCUUCCAAGCCCCUGAGGCGAGUCCUGGGCCCAGUGCACCCGUCGAUUCGGAGGAGAGUCGUUAUCCCCAUCAGCGAUAUGAGUGGCUGAAAGACGGCCAUCGAAAAGAUCGGAACGGAAAUCCACAAAACCACCCUGACUACGACCCAAGGACGUUGUACGUGCCCAAAAGCUUCAUGGAGAAGACAACUCCUGCGAUGCGACAGUGGUGGGAAAUGAAGUCGCAACAUUUUGACACUGUUUUGUUCUUCAAGAUGGGCAAGUUUUACGAGUUUUAUCACAUGGACGCUGAAGUGGGCGUAAAAGAGUUGGGUCUCAUCUACAUGAAGGGUGAAAAUGCCCACUCGGGCUUCCCGGAGAUAGCCUAUGGUCGCUAUAGCGACACGCUGAUACAGAAAGGCUACCGCGUCGCUAGAGUGGAGCAGACGGAGACCCCGGAUAUGAUGCAAGAACGAGUCAAGAAAAUGUCCAGAAUGGUGACAAAGUACGACAAAGUUGUCAAACGAGAAAUUUGUAGAAUCUCCUCGAAAGGAACGAGAACUUUCAGUUUCAUCGACGGUGACACUUGCGUCGCUCAGCACAGCUAUCUUUUGGCUGUCAAAGAAUUGUUUGACGACACUAGCGGAGGGGAGAGGACAUACGGCGUCUGCUUUGUCGAUACGUCCAUCGGAAAGUUUCACCUGGGGCAGUUCCAAGACGAUCGCCACAGUUCACGAUUCCGAACGUUGAUUGCUCACUACACACCUGCCCAGGUUGUCUAUGAGAGGGGCAAACUGUCCCCCAAGACCCAGCAAAUUCUGACCAACAGCCUGCUGUCGGUCAUCAAGGAGGCCCUGGCCCCAGGCACGGAAUUCUGGGACGCGAGCAAGACCCUGAAGACGCUGUCCGAAAGCCAGUACUUUGUGGACGAGGAGGGGAAGGGGCAGGGACUAGAUGGGGAGGAGGAGGGCGGAAGAGGAACCAUGCCUGCUGUGUUGCUGGACAUGGUGUCUGAAUCGGACGCUCUUGGACAUUCAGCCAAGGAGGGUUACGAGUUGGCUGUCAGUGCCCUAGGGGCGUGCACGUGGUACCUCAAGAAAUGCUGCCUGGAACAAGAACUGCUCUCCAUGAGAAACUUUGAGCUAUACACGCCGCUGGACGUCGAUGGUGCCGUCAAGGAAAAUGUGGUGGAUUUUGCCUCUGGAAGACAACACAUGGUUCUUGACGGAGUGACCCUGUUCAAUUUGGACAUCCUGGAGAAUGGCACCACGGGAACUCUAGAGGGCACACUUCUAGAAAGACUUGACCAAUGCUGUACGCCGUUUGGCAAGAGGCUGUUCAAACAAUGGCUGUGCGCCCCUCUGUGCAACCCUAACUCCAUCAAUGACAGACUCGAUGCGGUGGAAGAUUUAAUAGAUAUUCCUGACAAGAUGGCAGAGGUCAACGAACUCUUGAAGAAGCUGCCUGACCUAGAACGACUUCUCAGCAAAAUUCACACUUUAGGUUCAGCCCGACGAAGUCGAGAUCACCCAGACAGUCGAGCGAUCUUCUUUGAGGACACCACAUACAGCAAACGCAAGAUUCAGGACUUUAUGACGGCAUUAGGGGGCUUCAAAACCACCAUCCAGAUUGUUGAAAUCUUCAAGAAUUCUACCUCCAACUUCAAGUCCAAACUUCUAGGGCAAACGGUCAGCUUGGCCAGCGAAGGAGGCCACUUUCCCGACCUCACAGAACAUCUUGUGUUCUUUGAAAAUGCAUUUGACCACAACAAAGCCAAACAGGUUGGCGCCAUUGUCCCGAGUAAAGGCGUCGACCCCGAAUACGACAGUGCCAUCGCCGGUAUGAAGGCAGCCAAUCAGAGACUGGAUGACUACCUGGAGAAGCAGCGCAAGAGGCUUGGAUGCAGGGCCAUUACGUACUGGGGCACGGGCAAAAACCGCUUCCAGCUCGAGGUCCCGGAGAGCGCCCUCGCUCGCCACACGCCGCAGGACUACGAGCUCCAGUCAGCCAAGAAGGGCUUCAAGCGCUACUGGACGGCCGAGAUCACGGAGAUGUUUGCCGAUUUGUGCGCAGAGGAAGAGCGACGGGACGUGGCGCUGCGGGACUCCAUGCGGCGGGUGUUUCACGCUUUUGACGAACGCUAUGGCGACUGGGAUCAGGCCAUCCAAUGCCUGUCAGUUCUUGACGUCCUUCAGAGUCUAUCCAACAUCAGUCAGGCCGGCGACGGACCGAUGUUCCGACCCGAAAUCAUCCCACCAACUCAGAAUAUGCAGCCAUUUAUUGCCAUUCAAAAUGGCCGCCACCCGUGCAUCAGUCGCACAUUCACUGGCGGCGAUUUCAUCCCGAACGACACUUACAUUGGAACCGCUGACGAUAAUGCCAUGGACACUGACUCAGCAACGGAUACCAGUUGCUGCGUGCUGGUCACGGGUCCCAACAUGGGGGGCAAGUCGACGUUGAUGAGGCAGGCCGGUCUGAUUGUCAUCAUGGCCCAACUGGGUUGCUACGUACCCGCCGAGGGGUGCCGACUUACCCCCGUGGAUCGGGUGUUCACCAGACUGGGUGCCAGGGAUAAUAUACUGUCUGGGGAGAGUACAUUUUUCGUUGAGUUGAGUGAGACGUCAAGUAUCUUGCAGCAUGCCACACCUCACUCCCUGGUUCUCAUGGAUGAGCUUGGAAGGGGAACAGCCACCUACGACGGAACAGCUAUUGCCAGCGCUGUCGUCAAGGAGUUAUCAGAGACCAUUAAAUGUCGCACGCUCUUCUCAACUCACUAUCACUCGCUGGUCGAAGAGUUUGGUCAUGAUGCGAAUAUACGACUGGGUCACAUGGCCUGUAUGGUGGAGAAUGAAAACGAAGACGACCCUAGCCAAGAAACCAUCACGUUCCUGUACAAGUUUGCUGCGGGAGCUUGCCCAAAGAGUUACGGCUUUAACGCUGCGAAGCUAGCUGACAUACCGGAUGAGAUUGUGAUGGUGGCUAGAAAGAAGGCGCACGAUUUUGAGAGGUCCGCCGACAGACUCAAGGCAUUCAGAACACUGCAGAGACUGGGUCCGGGCCCAGACUUGGCCAAGACUUUGAAGACCAUGCAACAGAUGAUCCAGGGGUAAAUGGGCUAGAAUGGAUGGGGUUAAAGGUGAUAUGUGACUAUGUCAAAAUCUCAGCACAUUUCAAGUAUGAAAAACUCCACUUUUUUUGGGGGGGGGGGGGAAGGGAGGAAUUGGAAACACAUGAGCUCAGUACUUUGGCCAGUCAAAAGUUUGGCAACUUUUCUUUCGAGUAUUUUUGUUUUUCAUUUAGUUUGCUGUAAGUAAAAAGCGCUAACAUCUAUGCAAGUUUUCGUUUACAUGAAAUUUCUUUGUGUCGAAGUCAGGAGACAUAAUUUGUUUAAUUUGUUCAAUGAAGCUUGUUCAAUAAACAAGUUUUGGGAGGGUCUUUUUUUGGCCCAAUUUUCAUGGUUAAACUAUGGUU